AUGAAUGAAGGUCUUACGGGUGUGGAACGACUUGAGGGUGAGUAAUAAAUGACAUUAUUUUCAUUUUUGGGUGAACUAACCCUUUAAAGAUGCAAGUCUACGGCUUAAAGUUUACCAUGUGAAAGUGUGCUACUAAUUUUGUGUUAUUUUCAGUUUUCUGUUACAACAUUACAUAUAUUUGAAUGACUGCUCUGGUAAUGGCCUAGAAAAUUAAUGCAAACUAUUUUUUUUGCAGAUAAAAAAAUUCCAAAGAUGAUUAUGAUACAGUUAAAUACAGACAUGUAUACCUGUUGUUGUGUAAUAUUUCAUGUUAAAACCGCAUUAGUUAUUAUUUAGUAUUAUUUUUUGGACUCAGAAAAAUGUAUGUCGUAAAUAAAAGCUUUGUCACAGUAUGCAAGGUUUGCAACCUGUUUGCAUAAAUUUGGAUUAUUUUGUACUCCAAAUUCGGAAUAGUCUACUAAUCUUACUAUUUCUAAAACAUAAUAAUAGAAAUAGUGCUAGGAGUAAGCUAGUGUUCUAUUCCGAAUCCAUUUUUUUUAAACAGUAAAAUGACUACAUUCCCCAUAAUUCACCGAACCGGAAGCUCGCGACUACAACGCAUCAGCGUCCUUCUGUUCCGACGCCUCUACAUUCUGUCCGUUAUUUCAUUAAACGCUUAAUGUAAAAGAAGAUUAUUUAUUUGAGUGUUGUAUAUAAAAACAAUGAGCCGCUUAAAAUAGCAUUUCAAGCUUAAAUUCAUGAGGAAGAAAACAGCCAGCUGCUGUGACGAUGAGGAGGCUGAACAAAAAGAAAGCCCUGAACUUUGUGAAGGAGUUGGAUGCUUUUCCCAAGGUUCCUGAGAGUUAUGUGGAGACAACAACGAGUGGAGGAACUGUGUCUGUGUUGGCCUUCACGGCCAUGGCACUCUUGGCCUUCUUUGAGUUCUUUGUGUAUCGGGACACAUGGAUGAAGUACGAGUAUGAAGUGGAUAAGGAUUUUACUAGCAAACUACGAAUUAACAUUGAUAUCACAGUUGCCAUGAGGUGCCAAUUUGUUGGUGCAGAUGUGUUGGAUCUCGCUGAGACGAUGGUGGCGUCUGAUGGCCUGCAGUAUGAACCCGUUGUUUUUGACCUUUCUCCUCAGCAGAGAAUCUGGCACAGAACACUUUUGCUCAUUCAGAACCAUCUGCGUGAGGAACAUUCACUCCAGGAUGUUCUGUUCAAGAAUGUCAUGAAAGGUGCCCCCACUGCUCUCCCACCCAGGGAAGAUGACCCCACACAGCCCCUAAAUGCCUGCCGGAUUCAUGGACACCUCUAUGUCAAUAAAGUAGCAGGAAAUUUCCACAUCACUGUUGGCAAGGCCAUCCCACACCCUCGAGGUCAUGCUCAUCUAGCGGCCCUGGUCAGCCAUGAGACAUACAACUUCUCCCAUCGGAUAGACCAUCUGUCUUUUGGAGAGGAAAUACCAGGCAUAUUAAAUCCACUGGAUGGCACAGAAAAAGUGUCUGCAGAUCAUAAUCAGAUGUUCCAGUACUUUAUUACCAUUGUGCCCACAAAACUGCAGACGUACAAGUUGUCAGCGGACACACACCAGUAUUCAGUCACUGAACGGGAGCGAGUGAUAAACCACGCAGCGGGGAGUCAUGGGGUUUCUGGGAUCUUUAUGAAGUACGACAUCAGCUCUCUGAUGGUAAAGGUGACUGAGCAGCACAUGCCUCUGUGGCAGUUCCUCGUGCGGCUCUGUGGCAUCAUAGGAGGCAUUUUCUCAACAACAGGCAUGUUACAUGGUCUGGUUGGCUUCUGCGUAGACGUGGUCUGCUGUCGUUUUAAACUGGGGGUUUACAAGCCGAAGACUAUGAGUGUUUUCGAUGGCCAAGUGAACAGCCUGACGCCACUUCUGUCUGAGAACGGCGAACACUAGCCCACAUUUAAAGAUCAGUUCAUUCACUAUUCAAUUUGAAACACAAUUGUAAGUCCCAGGAUUCAGUUAAUACAGGAUAUUGAGGUUGACUGUCA